AUGCACGGGAUUCCGCGAAAUUGCCGUCCAAUUCUCGUGAAGAGUGGCUUGAGUCAAGCUGUUACGGUCAAGCUGGACCGCUUCUAUGGGAAACUCAUGCGGCACGAAGAUUAUGAUGGCAAGGGCAUGAGGAACGAUGGACGUGCUAGCAGGGCCCGCAUGGUCGCGCCGAGCAUGCCGACACCUAGCGAUGAUGGAGAUCGAGGCCUGGAGGUCGUGGAGAGAUCAAACUAUUAUGAGAAGCGUGAGUACAUCGAGAUCGAUUCCUCACCAGAACCAGAGCAGCGCCAGGUCAAAGAGGAGAGCGAUAAGGAGACUCCACACGAGGCACGACGCUCAAUUAAUGGUACUGCAGGAAAGCGGAUGAGAGGAGAGGCUGUUGAGUUUGAACCUGACGAUGACGAAGCGUAUUUGAUGGCACAGUUGAAGGCAAAGCGCGCGAAGCGGGAGCUUAAGGAGGCGAUGCUGGAGGAAGCCGAGUUUGAGCAGAAGCUGGCUGCACGGAAGAAGCGCUAG